AUGAUGUUGCCAUCACGAAUGCGCCAGCCCGCGCACGCCCUCAUUGCGUUCCGUUCGCCCCGAACCUCGAUACACCGGUCACUUAAUGCGCCAUGGGCUCGAUUCAACAGUAGCCAAGCACCAAAGCCAGAUCCAUCAUCGCAUUGGCUCCGCAACUCCCUUGGUUUUGCGGUAACGGGAACUGCAGCCUUCUUGGGCUACUCAUACUACGCUGACGGGGGAAAGGAGGCUUGGACAACUACUCCGGAGGUCAAGAAGGAAGCCGUUGACGUCAAUGACCUUCGUGCCCAAUUCGUUCAAGAGAAGCGCAGCCUCAAAAGUCCUGCAGUUUAUACAUGGGGCUCCAAUGUUUACAAAGUGGUGGAUCCGGGAUCCAAAGACACCGACAUCAAGACUCCUCGGCGGUUCAAAUACUUCAAUGGCCAGGCUUUGAGAGACCUCAAGAUUGAGGAAAAGUCCGGUGCAGCAAUCACCGAGAAGGGAGACCUAGUGCAAUGGGGCCAAGCGUUCUCGGAAACAGAAUUUAAACCGACGGAAACCCUCAAAGGCAAGAACCUCACUUCCCUUGCUAUGUCCGAAAGCCGGAUUAUUGCACUAUCUUCGGAUGGCACGGUUUACUCUCUACCCCUUUCCAAGGAAGAUCAAAGUACUGGCCCGAAAUCACGGGAGGGCUCUUGGAUUCCAUUCUGGAAAAGCAAGUCUGAUUUAAGCUACCGUGUGCUCAACCCAUCCUUGAAGCUGGGCGAAAAGGUCACCACCAUUAGUGGCGGACUGGAGCAUGUGCUUCUUCUGACAAGCUCAGGCCGUGUCUUCUCUGCGGCGUCAUCCACCGAAAAUUACCCUUCGCUCGGCCAACUUGGCGUCGAGGGACUCACUUGGUCUACCAGACCCAAGGGACCAGCCGAUUCUUGUCAUGAAAUCACAGCCUUCAACGGUUCCAAGAUUACCCAAAUUGCCACUGGUGAUUACCACUCACUGGCCCUAACCAAGGAUGGUCGUAUCUAUGGCUUCGGUGACAAUUCCUUUGGUCAGCUUGGAGUGGAUUACGAACCCGAGCGGCCUUUCAAAGACAAGCCUUGUCCUUUGAGAGCAGACAAACUCUACAGAAGGAGCAUGUACGAAACCAAGGCUACCAGCAUUGCUGCAGGCGGGGCUAAUACCUUUUUCACCGUUGAUGCCAAGCGUAUCCUGGGAUACGGAGAAGAAUCUGAAGAUGUCCGGGACCUUGGAAAUGUGACUGCAGACACAUGGUCCUGCGGUCGAGGAAUCUGGGGCACUCUGGGUAACGGUAGAUGGGUUCACGUACAGGAUUCGCCCACCAAAGUCAGGGCUUUGAGUGGAGUGAGCGAGUUUGACGAAAAGACGAACCAGAUCACCCCCAUCCGUAUCAGAGCCAUGUCCGUUGGUACCACGCAUGUCUCUGCCAUUCUGAACAACAAAGUCAGUGUCAGCAAGAACACCAAGGAAACAUUGGAUCAAUCUAAGGACUGGGGUUACGACGCCGUCUGGUGGGGAGGCAAUGAGCAUUUCCAGCUUGGAACAGGCAAGCGAAGCAACCAGUCUAAGCCGGUUUACAUCAACGCGCCUCCUGAGAACAAAAAGCAGGAGGAAGCACGACUGCAGAUCAUGCCCAAGCACAAGGGCAAGAUCGGGAAGCGCAAUGUGAACAUGGAGCAGCGUGUUGAAUGUGGGCGCCACGUCUCUGCCCUCUAUGCUGCGGUUUAA